AUGCAUCGAACGAGACGACAAAGACGAAUAAAUACCGCCAAUACCACAAUCGCACACGUAACAUCGCCUACGGAGGACUACACAUCCAUGGAAUGUAAUCCUAGAGGCACAAGAAGAACCCCCGUACCAUCUUUGAGGGGACGAAGAGCGCCACCGGCUGGCUUGGGACCUGCAGGAAUUACCAUCCUACAAGAGGACCCCGCUACUGAUGGUGUAGUGCGACGACGCAUGCGCUGGACUAAAGAAUUAAAUAUAAGUGUUAUGCGCGCGUACUAUAAGGCUACCAAAGGAGGAACCAAUCUUACAUCUUAUCGCCCUAAAAUGCUAUCUGAAUUCCAACAGCUACAGCCCAACCUAACAAACUUAACUGCCCAAAGACUUUCAGAUCAAGUACGUGUCAUUCUAAGUCGUAAGAUUUUGGAUGACAGAUUACUUGAACAACUUUGCAGUGAGUACUCAACAUCUUCUAUCAAUUCAAUUCCUGAUUCCCAACGAACACUUCCAGGUGAGUCUGAUGACUUAAAUGUUAAUAACAGUAACCAUAAUAUAAAUAUUACUAACUUAAACAACGAAAAAGUAGAGCAAAAUUGUUUUGAUAUAGAUGUGAGUUCCAAGAACAGCGAAUAUAUAAGAAGGACUUUCGAAUGUUCUCUUUUGGAAUAUAAAAAUACACCUAUAGAAAAUAGACCGAAACUACCUAAACUGCCUAACAACAAAAAAACUAUAUUAACAGUAGCAUCAAUGAAUGUUUUAUGUAAAGAUUAUUUUGAAAAAAGUAAUUCUAUUUUGGAAACUAUGUCUCUUCUAUACUGUUGUGCCCAUGCUGUAUGUAUGAUAAUGAAAAUUCCUAUCAUUUCAGUACAAAAUUUUAAGAAAAAUAAUACAGAACCUAAAUGGAAACAAAGAAUUCAAAAACGAAUUGACAAUACUCGCAAAAUUAUAGGAAAAUUAAUAAGCUACCAAACAGAUCCCCAUUUUCCGGAUAAAAUUACUGAGUACAUUGAUACGCAAAAACAAAAGUUAAAAGCAUGGGCCAACCGUAUUAGACGAUAUUCAGAAACGUCUAAACGGUACUUCCAAAAUCGCACAUUCGAAAGUAAUCAAAAGUGGGUGUAUCGGUCUUGGGAGAGCACUACAACUAAUAGUUGUACUCAUGGCAGCCCAAGCUUAAUUGAAUGUCUAAAUUUUUGGAAAAAUAUGUGGUCUAAUGAAGUUUCUCAUAAUGAAGGCGAAUGGAUUCGUGCAACCGAACGUAAGUUUUCUAAUUUGGCUAACAUGGGUUCUAUCUCAAUUACUGCUGAAGAUGUAUACUCAAUUACUCGUAGAUUACACAAUUGGAAAUCACCUGGACCAGAUGGUAUACACAACUUUUGGCUGAAAUGGAUAACAAGUAGCCAUGUGCGUUUGGCUGCACAGAUUCAAGAAGCCAUUGAGUGCUGUGAGCUCCCGAGACUUCUUACAACUGGUAUUACCCACUUACUAUAUAAAAAUGGAAACACCACGGAACCUAAAAAUUACCGACCUAUAACAUGCCUUUCAACUGUAUAUAAAUUAAUAACUGCAAUUUUAAAUAACAAGAUCUAUAAACAUUUGGAAAAUAAUAACAUUCUGUCAACCGCACAGAACGGAUGUCGGAAAGGGUCACGUGGUUGUAAAGAACUUCUUCUCAUUGACACAGCUAUUUGCCGACAAGUUUUUCGUAAUCGCAAAAAUAUGUCCGCUGCUUGGGUGGAUUACAAAAAGGCAUAUGACUCUGUUCCACAUUCAUGGCUAAAGAGAGUUUUUGAAAUAUAUAAAAUAGAUGACAAAAUUUGUAAGUUUUUAAGUAAAUUAAUGGGUCAGUGGAACACUAUCCUAAAUCUACCAGGUAAGUGGCAAAGUAGUUCGAUAGACUCUAUAAAUAUUAAGCGGGGUAUAUUCCAGGGCGAUAGUUUGAGCCCAACUUGGUUUUGUUUAGCCCUGAAUCCUUUAAGCACUGUUAUUGAGGAAUCUGGAUUAGGAUUUCGGUUUCGAAAAGAAAACUCACCCAUCUCACAUCUACUUUACAUGGAUGAUCUCAAGCUAUUCACAUCAAAAGAGAGUGAUCUAUUAUUAUUGUUGAAAUUAACACAUAGUUUCAACAAUGAUAUUAGAAUGGAAUUUGGAAUAGAUAAAUGUGCUGUCAUAAACGUAAAUAGGGGCAAAAUUAAAGAUUGUAAUAAUUUUGCAAUUACAGAUGACUUACAUUUCAGUUCUCUUUCUGAGACAGAAACCUAUAAAUACUUGGGCAUGGCAGAAGCGCUAGGAAUUAAUGACAAAAACAUUAAAGAAAAUUCAAAAGUAAAAUUUAUGUCAAGAUUAAAAAAAGUUAUCAAAAGUCAUUUAUCUGGCGGAAACAAAAUUAGAGCAUAUAACUCCUGGGUAAUACCUAGCCUUCUAUAUACUUUUGGUAUUACAAGAUGGUCUCAAACGGAAUUGGAUGACUUAGAUAGACGAGUCCGCACAUUAAUGACUGCGCACAGAAUGCACCACCCGCGAUCAUCUGUCAUGAGGUUGUAUCUUCCAAGAAAAGAUGGUGGACGGGGCUUAUUAAACAUUAAAAACCUACACAACCGUGAAGUAUACAACCUCAGAGACUAUUUUAUUAAAAAAAAAGACACAUCACGCAUUCAUAGUGACGUAGUGAUUAAUGACAAAUCAUUAACCCCGCUUAAUAUGUCGGCAAAGGACUGGCAGAGGCCUCAUACUAUGACUAUAGAUGAACGCAAAAAGGAAGUUGAUGAAGGCAGAAGAAAAGUGUUCGUGAAUGCUCAGAAGGGCAUUAGUGAUAAUGAUGCUGUUAUGAUCAUUGAUAGUGACGACGACGAUGAUGACGUAGAGGACGAUUACUCAAUCACUCAAGUAAUUGAAGUGAGUAAUUGA